AUGAAGGUCGCCCUGGGCGACUGCGAGGAGAACGAGCUGAAACCCGCCAUCUCGCAGCUCUCCGGGGCCCUGAAGGGCGGCCACGCGCUGAUCGCGACGGACGCGCCGCGGGCCGCCAUCGUCGCCGCCCUCGAGGGCUGCCGCGCGCCCGAGUUCGCGACCGCGGGCUUCGUCCCGGACGAGCACGUCGUCCUCGAGAAGGGCGACCUCGACGUCGCGAAGUACCCCGUGUCCAUGCUCGCGGUCUUCAAGAAGAUGGACAUGCCCGUCGAGGUCCAGGACUCGAAGCUCGUGCUCAUCGACAACUUCCGCGUCGCGAGCAAAAACAAGCCCAUCUCCGCGGAGCAGGCCAAAAUGCUCACGCACAUGGACCUGAAGCUGCACGAGUUCGCGCCGGCCGUCGUCGCCGCGCUGAUCACGCCAGCGCAGCGGCUCGCGCGUCCGCGGCGGCGGCAACCCACAACAAUCCGCAUGGACUCGACGGAGCUCGACGUCGGCGGUGUGCGGCUGUCGAUCUACGACGGGCGCGUCGCGCUGCAGUGGGACGUGCGCUACCGGCGCGAGACGGCGCCCGCGGCCGGCGCGUCGGCCGUCGACGUCCGCGAGUCGCCGGGCAAAGGGCGCGGCGCGUUCGCCGCGACGAAGAUCGCCGCGGGCGCGUUCCUCGGGACCUACGCGGGCGACGCGCUGACGGGCGACGACUACGAGGCGCGCUACGGCGGCGCGGCCGUGCCCGAGUACGUCGUGCGCGUCGACGGCGACCUCUACCUCGACGGCCGCGCGGCGGCGGACGCGGAAACCUUCACGCCGGCGUUGCUGAACCACGGCGGCGGCGACGCCGCGAACGUCGUGCGCUACUGCGCGUCGCGGCGGCCGCCGGUGAUCGACUUCUUCGCCGCGCGGGACGUGGACGCGGGCGAGGAGCUGCUGUUCGACUACGGCGACCAGUAUUGGGCGGGCCGCGCCGACGCGCCCGACGACGCGGGACCCGAGGCCGAGGCCUUCGACCUCGACGCGCCGUUCCUCGACCCGGACGACAAGCGGGACCAGGGCGUCGUGCUGGAGAAGGUCAAGGGCUGGUACCGGGCGGACCCGCAGGCCUUCGAGGCCGCGUACGUCGGCGCGGUCAUCGCGGUCGGCGUCUUCUUCGCCCAGUUCGUCGUGCGCUGGUACAAGUACAACGUCUGGCUCCCGCCGGCGCCGCCGGACCUCGACUCGACCCUGGACGUGUUCACGGGCGGGCUGCUCCUCGCGUCCGCGAGCCACCUCCUGCACCGCGGCGAGUCCUUCGGCGCCCUCGACAAGCAGGGACGCGACGAGACGCCCUGGACCUACGCCGCGAUCGCCACGACCGCGGCAAUCUACGUCGCGUGCUGGGGCCCCUGCUCGCUGGCGGCCGUCGCCCUCGCGACGGCCUACGGCGACGACGCGCAGCGCCUUACGACGAUCCGCUGCUGCCUCUGCGAGCUGGCCCACGGCCUCAACGCCUGCGUCGUCAAGGAGACGAGGCAUUGGAUAUUCUCCGAGCUCGACAGCGACGUGUGGCACACGCUCCUCUUCCUCAACGGCGCGUGGUAUCUGCGGACCCCCGAGCCCUGGGCCGUCGCGCUCUUCGCCGCGGCGCGCGUGGCCUGCGAGCACGCGCCGACGAACACGGGCGGCCUGGUGCGGGUGAAGGCGCGGCGGCGCGGCUCGCUCGAGCGCAUGGACGAGGCCCUCGCGAAACCGCCCUCGCUGCUCGGGAAGAUGUUUCGCUUGUCGGCGGGCUACGCGGUCUGGUACGUGCUCUCCAUGGCGAUCCUCCUUCGUGAGCACGUCGGCGACGUGGCAUUUCUGCUGACGCUGGUCUGGGCGUUUCCCAUGACGCUCAUGGUCGCGUCGCACUACCUCUUCACGAAGGAGCUGUGGUCGUUCUUGCUCGCGCACAUGGCGAACCUCGUCACGGCGAACCCGGCGCUGAUCGGCGUGGCGCCCCUGUUUCUCUACUCGCGUCUCUUCACGCUCGCAACGAUGUGCCUCGGCGCCACAGCGAAAACUGGCACCCCGCCGCGCGCCGUGCUCUUCGACUUCGACGGCUCCCUCGCGCAGUCCGAGGAGGCGCACCGCAAGCGCUUCGUCGCUGCGUGCGGCGUCGAGUGCGACGUCGACCGCUGGAUGGACCACUGCGUGGGCCACAGCACGGAGUGGAUCGUCGACUACCUGACGGGCGCCUGCGAGCCGGCGGUGCUCGCCGACCUCCGCGCGCGCGCGACGUCCGAGGCGUUCUUCGCCGACGUCGCGCUCACGGCCGGCGCGCGCGAGCUCCUGGAGGCGCUCGGCGACGCCGGCGUGCCCUGCGCCAUCGUCUCGUCGGGCCUCCGGGCCUACAUCGAGGGCUGCCUCGCGCGCUGGGGGCUCGAGGUCGCGUUCGUCGUGGCCGGCGACGACGCGGAGCCCGCGGAGCACAAGCCGUCGCCCGAGCCCUACCUCUACGCGGCGGCGAAGCUCGGCGUGGACCCGCUGGACUGCGUCUGCGUCGAGGACUCGCCGAGCGGCAUCGAGGCCGCGCUGGCCGCGGGCAUCCCGUGCGUCGCGCUCCGCAACCCCGCGAACGCGGGCCGCGGCGACCUCCUCGGCCGCUGCACCGUCGCCGACGACCUCCGGGACCGAACGCCCUUCCUCGCCUAA